UUUUUUGGAGGGUGAUUAGGAGGGGGAGGGGAGGUAAGUCGAGAAACUAAAAUCGAGACAAAAAUAAGGGUAAAAAAAAUUUGGGGGAGGGAGGGGAACUUGAGAGAAAUAAUUUUUUUUUUGGUUUUUGGUUUUAUUAAUUUUUUGGAGGGGUGACUAGGAGAAGGGAGGUAAGUGAUUAGAAGGAGGAGAGGAGGGAGGUCGAGAAACUAAAAUUGAGACAAAAAUAAGGGUUAAAGGAGUGGGGGAAAAAUUUUUUUUUUAUUUCUCUAUUUAAUUUUAUUUUUAUUAUUUUUUUGGGGGUAAUUCUCUUAUCUUUUUAAUUUUGUAAAAAUUUUAUUUUUACAAAAUUAUCUUUGAUAGUUAUUUAUUUUUGUUUAUACCAAAAAUUAAUUUGAUGCUGGAAUUUGUUCGAGAAAAAAAUUUAAGAAAAUAUUUUAUAGAUAAAAUUAUGGUUGUACUCAGAACGCUAGGGUAGGGGGAGGGUGUGUUGGGGGGGGGAUGAGAAACAUAAUAAUUUCAUUGGGUUUUAAGAAUGUUUUGGGGUCGGGAUUUGGGUCGAUCCCCUUUGAGACGUUCAGUAGCUCAACAAGCCGUUUCACCAUUAGCUUCUCCUAUGGAGUCUAGACGUGUUUUUAUGGCAACUCAUCAUCAAAAUAAUCCGAGUGGAGGAGGAGGUGGAUCCCCACCACCGGCACAAUUAAGUGGAGGACAAAUUAUGGGAGCUGCUCCGCAUCCUACAGCAGCUGUUGGUCUGUCUGCUGUUCAGUUAGGUUACGCAAUCCCCGCCUGUCGUUUGCUAGUUGAUCCCCACACCGGACAACAAUUCUUUGUCCCAACUGUAACAGCUCCACAACCAUUAGCUACAGCAGCUGCCCCAGCAUUUUUUCAACCAAUAUAUACACAACAAACUGCUUAUUUUCAACAACCCCCAAUAGCUAAUUUUUCUUCAAAUAAUUCUUCAAAUAGUCGGCAGCGUCAACAUAAUCAAGUUUUGUUGUCUCCUUCAUCUUCCCCUCCUAAUCAGCAUCAUCAACGCCAUUUACCAGCAACGGCGGUUUCGCAACCACAAGGUCCUUUCCUCUACAAUAUUGGACAUCCCCAACAACAGUUAACCUCUUCUAGUGGUUUUUAUAGUAGCACUCAACAACAACAAUUACAACGUUCCUCUUCCUCAUCUAAUCAUCAUCAUUCUCAUCAUUAUGUAACCAGUGGUGGUGGUCCGCAUCGGAGUCAAAGCCCACUCAGUACUUCUCCUCGAGAUGACAGAUUGGAAGACUCCUCUACCGCCGGACUUCCAUAUAAAGUUGAAAUGCCACCAUCAACAGUUGGAAGUAUUGCAUAUAAUGCUGAAAGACGAAGACCAAGUAAUGAUACAUAUGAAGGUUAUGAUGUAGAAACUGAAGAAGAACAAAUUCAACAAAGAGGAAAUUAUUAUAAUGAUAGAAAUUACCAUCAACAGCAACAACAACAAUUCCAACGUCGUGAACAGGCUCGCCUUUCUACAGAAUCGAGACAAAGCAAUUCGACUAGAGAUAGUGGGAGAGGUGGAUUAGUGUUUGGCUCCCCAGAUAAUAACAAUAAUAAUAGUGAUAUUGAAGAACCCUCUCCUCGUUAUUAUUCCUCUUAUUCUCCCCCACCUUCUCAUCAAUAUAAACACCAACAACAUCCCCAACAUUACAACCAAAAUAACCAAAUGUCAACUUCAACAAUUAUUGGAGGAGGUGGAGGUUCUUCUGAUUCAACUUCUGGAUUUGCUUCAAUGAUUGGAGGUUGUGAAAAUAAAAAUUAUUCAAGUAGAGGAGGUGGAGGAGGGACAUUUUUAUUGGAAGAUUCUUUUCAUCAUUCUCCACAAAAACAACAACAUGGAGGAGUGUUUGGGGGAAAUACUAAAGCAUCAUUUGCGUCGUCGCCACCUUUUACUAGAGUAAAAACAACAACAGAUUUGCCUUCCCACCACCAACAACAGCAACAAUCAUCUUCACAAACUCGAAUGAAAGCAAUUCGAAUGGAUAUAGAUUUGAGUAGUUCUGGACUUGGUAGUGGUGGUUCUACACCUUUGGAAGGAAAUGGAGGUGGAUUAACACGUAAUGGAAGGCCGUCGUCUUUUGGAAAUGUAUUCGCUAGUGGAGGAGGAAAAGGUGGAGGAACAGAUAAAAUAACUGCUACAACUACAGCAACAACUAUGGCGGGUGAUGAAUUAUCUGUUAGAGGUGCCACAGUCUUGCGUACUGCCCCACCAACAGCCUUUACAAUAUCAUUUAAUGAUGAACAUGCUCAACUUGGUGGACAAGUCUCUAUUGCAGAAGUUUCAUUACAAGAAGCAGCACGUCAAGCGCCUAAAGGUCGUCGUCUUAUGUUGUCACGCAAAAACGAAAAUAUCAACAAACAAAAGCAACAGCAACAAUUACAAGAUUCUGGUUCUGAAUGUGGAGGAGAUCCUAAACGUUGGUUAUUUCGAAAAAUGAUGAUGGGAAGAAAAGGAGAAACGGCCGCUAAAAGUGGGGGUGAUAGACGUAGACGCCGUAGUGGAAGCGCUAUAUCUGAAGCUACAACUUCAACGACAAUGAGUGGUGGGGGUGGACAUGAAACAACAACAGAAGAAGGACAAGAAGAUUUGGCAUCAGAAGCGGGUACUUAUGUAGUUGAAAAUAAAAUAAAAACUACGGGAGCAACAACAAAUGAUGUAAUGACAACAAGUCAAAUAAGUGGAGUUAGUAAUACGAGUAGUAAUAGAACAACACAGAGAUGUUAUGAUAGGUAG